CAUGAACUAUGCUGGUGGCAUUCUCGAGGUGGCGUUGAAUACGACAGACGUUUAUCGAUUGCGUACAGUUCAGUUCGGUUGAGUUAGCAUAGUUGAGCAUUCUAUGUCGAGACUCCCCGGGCAGUACAUUUCGUCAUCAUAGCGAGGGACGAGGCCGGUCCACCACAUCCGGAGUGUAUUUGUGCCCAGCGUGCGUUAAGUUGUGUAGACGAUCAAUUCGUGUGUCGGAGGCUCGUUUCUCUUGGUGGUAUAUAUAGCACUAUCGGAGUAUGGCAACCUCAGCAUCCGUCUGUCGGAUCGGAACAUUUCUGAGGAAAGGUGGGAGUAGGUCUAAUUGGGGAAACCUGCAUCAACGGUUGUUUCCUCCAGUUAUGAACAAGACAAAUAUCAAUGUAGCAACACUGAAAACGAUGGAGACCAAUAAGGAACUGAAUCAAAAGGGCCGUCAGGAGCUGGCUGUGGCCUACCGGGCACUUGAACGCUUUGGAUUCCACGAAGGGAUAUGCAACCAUGUAACUCUGGUGGUUCCAGCUGCUGGUGGGAGUGAUACAGUCAUGUUACUGGUUCCUUACGGCAUCCACUGGAGCAGAGUCAAGGCAUCGUCACUGCUGGCCCUGAACGAUCAGAACGAAAUAGUAGAAGGGAAAGGCAAAGCAGAAAUCACAGCGGCCUGUAUUCACCGAGGUGUCCAUGAUCUGAGAGAGGAUGCAAAAUGUGUCAUCCAUACACAUGCACCCUACUCUACUGCUCUUGCCUUACUGAAGAACGGAGGAUUAAAGAUGGUCCACCAGAACUCCUGUCGCUUCUACAAAGGUGUGGCGUAUGAUGAUCAUUACAAUGGCUUGGCAGGGGCACUGGAAGAAGGCGAGCGCAUAGCUGACUGCAUGGGAGAGAAUAGUAAUGUCCUUUUCAUGAAGAAUCACGGAGUUAUGGUCACAGGAAAUACAGUAGCUGAAGCAUUUGAUCGCAUGUACUACUUAGAAAGGGCAUGCCACGUUCAGGUCCUGGCCAUGUCUUGUGGAGAGGAAUUAAGUGUCAUACCAGAUUCAGUUGCAGCCAGCACAUUCAAAGAAUUCCAGAAUUCAUUCGUCGAAAGUAGCGCUGACCAUUUCUCAGCCAUUACAGAUUGCAUCAUGGCAGAUAUGCCGGAGGUAGCAGACUGAAGUAUCACUCACAAAAAUCCUCAUGUUAACUCUCUGGGUGCUUGUGACACUUGAAUAAAGUGCUUGAAGUUGCUGAUAUCUUUCAGUAGAGAUAAGAGAAAAUGUUCCAAUGAAAUGAGUUUUCAACAGAUCUACCUCUUAUUAUGAAUAAAUCA